CGCGUCCCGCUUUGCCUCGGCGGGGACCGCUCCCUGCCAGAUGCCCCCUGUGCCCCCGCUGAGCCGUACCAGGGAUGCCAGGGGGAAAGAAGGUGGUCCCCAGUGGCAGCAGCGGUGCCUCCCCGAACGCAGCCGCCGCCACCGCUGCUGCCGCCGCCGCCCACCCUGGCAUUAAACGUUUGGAGACCAGCGAAGGGGCCUCAGCACAGAGAGACGAGGAACCGGAGGAGGAAGGGGAAGAGGACCUACGAGAUGGAGGCGUCCCCUUCUUCAUCAACCGAGGUGGACUGCCCGUGGACGAGGCUACCUGGGAAAGGAUGUGGAAGCACGUGGCCAAGAUCCACCCGGACGGAGAGAAGGUGGCCCUGCGGAUCCGUGGGGCCACAGACCUGCCCAAGAUUCCCAUACCAAGUGUGCCUACUUUCCAGCCGACGACGCCCAUCCCUGAGCGCCUGGAAGCCGUGCAGCGCUACAUCAGGGAGCUGCAGUACAAUCACACAGGGACACAGUUCUUUGAAAUUAAGAAGAGCAGACCUCUGACAGGGUUGAUGGACCUAGCCAAGGAAAUGACCAAAGAGGCUCUGCCAAUCAAAUGCCUGGAAGCUGUGAUCCUGGGAAUUUACCUCACCAACAGCAUGCCCACCCUGGAACGCUUCCCCAUCAGCUUCAAGACCUAUUUCUCAGGGAACUACUUCCGCCACAUUGUGCUGGGGGUGAACUUUGGGGGCCGCUAUGGGGCCCUGGGCAUGAGCCGGAGGGAGGACCUGAUGUACAAGCCUCCGGCCUUCCGCACCCUCAGUGAGCUCGUGCUGGAUUAUGAGGCGGCCUACAGCCGCUGCUGGCAUGUGCUGAAGAAGGUAAAGCUGGGCCAGUGUGUGUCCCACGACCCCCACAGUGUGGAACAGAUCGAAUGGAAGCACUCGGUGCUGGACGUGGAGAGGCUGGGGCGGGAGGACUUCCGCAAGGAGCUGGAGCGCCAUGCCCGAGACAUGCGUCUCAAGAUUGGCAAGGGGACAGGCCCUCCUUCUCCCACAAAGGACCGAAAGAAGGAUGUUUCCUCUCCACAGAGGGCCCAGUCCAGCCCCCACCGCAGGAACAGCCGCAGUGAGAGACGGCCUUCAGGGGAGAAGAAGCCUGCAGAGCCCAAAGCCAUGCCAGACCUCAAUGGGUACCAGAUCCGAGUGUGAGGCGGAUGCCAACACUCCUACGCUUUUCUCUGCUUCUGGAGGCUCAGACCCACCUGCACAAAAGAAUCUACUUUGUUCAAGCAGAGAUUGGUGAUGGGGUGGGCUGCGGGUGGGAGGGAAGAAGGAUGUGUUGCAGUUCAGCCACUAGUGACUUCCCCUCCCAUGGAGCCAAGCCCCUAACUUUGGGCCAAGAAGCAGUAUUUUAUUUGGAAUUUUAGCCCUACAAAGUAAAGUUUAAGGUAUUUGGAGGGAAAGGCAAAUGGGCAUACUGAUAGCUGUCAAGGCCUGCAAUCUCUGAGCGCUGUGUGGCUUGGGGAGGAGGGCUUGCUGUUUCUGUGGUACCCCUUCUUUGGGAGCCUUGCCAGCCUGUGGGGUGAGGGUGGGGUGGGGUAAGGAUGGAGGUGUUUCUCCAGCUGGACCUGUCCUGGCAGAAUUAUGGCCCAGGGAAAGGGAAGCAGGGUAGGGGUUCUCCUGAGAAAGGACUGCUUAUUUCUCAAAUCCGGAACUUGGCAGAAGGCACAUCAGCCUAACGUGGAAGCCAGUGGCUAGGAGAGCCCUCAGGUCAGCAUGACUCUUUAGACAGCACUGUGCCCCCCUACACACAUCCUCACCAUAGCCAGUUUGGGCUUAAGCUAUGGGAAAACCAGGAAAGGGUCCAUAGUGGGAAGAGUUCCUGGCUCCUAGCAUGUCUGCUGGUAUCACCGACUAUUGCUGCAGCCCAGGGGCUCACUCUAGAAGGGCUGGGCUUUGUAGAGGGCCCAGAGUUGCACUGGGGACACUACAACCUUGAGAAACUGGAAACUGGCUGGGCACUGGGUAGUUGAGUGGGCCCCUCUAGUUGUGUGAGAUGGGGCUCUUCUCUCCCCUUCUGAUAACCUCAGCCCUUGCUGGGGAAACAAGACCAGACCAGGACGCCUAUACCCCAGGCCCACCUUUCCUGUCUUAGCUGCCCAUUUAAGCAAUUUUAGCAGUUCAUUGGGGCGAUGGCAGGGAGGUAGCAGAGGUUGUCUGUUUUCUGGCCCUCAGGCAUAUAUCCCUGGUAGGAAAGGGAGGUGUGGAGAGGGGCUGUGGGGGCUGGGGGAGGAGAGACAGCCCUGGAGUUGGGAGUGUAAGUGAGAAGGACUGUGGGAGGCAGUUCUGGAUGAGGCUACAUGGGACCUGAGUUCCCUGCAGCACAGAUGGCAUUUGUCAGGUUGCUGGAGGCUUCAAGUGACAAGAGAACAGCUGGCUGAGGUGACCGAGAGGCAGAGGCAGCCUGGGCAGUUGCCAAUAAGGCUGCAACGGGUUGAGGGCUUGGAUAAGAGAGACUGAACUAGGGACUCAAAUGCCUAUGGGGCCAGCAGGUAACACAGAAGAGGGCUGGGUGGGACUGUGUCCUACAAAAGAGCAUAUCCCAUUAAAGUGGGCUGCUGCCAUUCUACUGUUUCCACAGUGCAGGCCCUAAGGGUUUUUUUAAUUUUUUUAAGGCCAGGACUCUGUUAACUCAAUCAGUUCAAGAAAUUCUCACCAUAGGUGAGAGAGUACCAGUCUGCAGUGUCUGGGGUAGAGAGAGCUUGGGCUGGUUGUGAGGAGCGUCCUAUUGUGCUGUAGGUGGAAAAAUGUGACGGUUUUAAGUUUCCCAAAGGCAGAAAGGGCCACUUCCUUGCCCCAUCCUAUAGGCAGAGAUCAUGUUUGUGGUUGUUGGGUCACCAGAGUAGGGAGAGUGGGGUAGAAUGGUGAAGCUCUUGCCUGCCUGGAAAUGGAUGGUGGCUGGAAGUAAAGGAACAGGAGGAGGGAUGCCCUUGCUGAUGACAUGAGCAAGGCUAGCUUGCUCAUCACACCAGAAGCUCCUGGGCCCAGAGCCAGGUGAAGUAAAGCCCAGAACAGGCACCAUGGGAGGCCAGCUGUUUAGUCCCUGUCUCAGCUGGUUCCUCCAAUGCAUAGCCCUGCCCCUAGGCUACACCCCUGGCCAGACACUAUUUGAUCCAUCCCAGAGUUCAGGGGUGGUUAGUCCCACUGUUCCCAUGCCCACCUUAAGAGGUGCAAGGCUGGACAAGAUCUUUUCUGGAUCUAAAUGAGCCCUGUAUGUCACUGGGAACUUCAAACUAUGGGAGAAGGGGGUGUGAGGAGAGCUGGAGUUAGGUAUAUAUGGAGAACAGCUCCAGGUCCCACAGCCUGAGGGACAUUCAGGCUGGUUACUUCCCCUGAGGCUCAGGAAAGAAGGUUGCUGUUUGAACCCUGACUUGUUCAGGGCGUGGGGGUGAGCAGCUGUGACCCCCUGCUAUUCACCUCUUCCCAAGCUAAGGACGUCUGGCCUGUGGACAGUCCUAGGCCACAGUGGUGCUUUUUAUUUUUUACUCUUUCUCAUAUGUAGCAAGCCAUCCUCCCCUCUGCGGCCGUCUACGCAGGCUGUGCUCUCUGGGGCUGGCCUGGCUGUAUGGUUUCUGGGGAGGCAGAGGCAGGGACUUUGAGGCCUUAGUCACCAUCCAUGCCGUCACUUCAUCUCACUUCCUGCGAAGGACAGAAGUCUGGCAGAUUUGAACUCCAGACCUCCUGACUUAGGCCUGCCUUUCAGCUUCUCUGCCCUACCUUUGGGGGCUGCUGGCUGAAGAGGGUCAGAGGCGGCUUCUUGGUGGUGGCCUUGGGUAGAGGUUCCCUGUGCUUUGGGGUUGGGUCAGAACAUUGGGAAGCUGGCUUCAGAGAACUUUUCUCUCCAUCCAGCUGCCUGCCAGUCCUUUCCCUCCACAGCCUCACAUUUCCUUGUUCCCUUGAUCCCUCCUGCCAGCCACCACUCCUUAGUAGGCAUAGCCAAGUGGGCAGAGCAGCAGCCCUCUGGCCCCAGACUUGAUGAUGAAGCCUAGAGACCAGGUACUGAGGAGCAGAUUCAGGAAAUUGCCUAUGGCUGAUGUCUAGUCUUGUCUUAUCAUGCCCUGACCCCUUUCCAGCUGGGAUGAGUUCCUGGCUCUGGGGUGUUAGGUCUAAUGAUAGCUGUGCUGUGCCCCGGCCUAUGUGUGUAUACCUGGCCUUCCUGCCUGGAGUGAAUUCCGGCUUAGCACAUCACUGCCCCACAUGCUGUCAGGGGUGAUAAGUGUGCAACGACGUGCAGGGGACCAACAAGCUAGAGGUGUACAGGGCAAGGAUAUUCUCUGAAGGAGUGUAGGUGGGAGCUAAGGAUUCACCCAGCCAGGAACCACGGCUUCCCACCAGUGUCUCCAGGCAGGUGGGGUUACCACCAUGCUAGCUGCAAGUUCUUUGCUAGGGCCCUCUCCAGCUCGGUGCUUUGGGGUCCCAAGCUUCCUUGUUAAUUUAAGUCUGGGUACACUGGACCCCUGGGACAGUAAUGAUGGACCGCCCAUUCUCUAUGCUUUGUAUGGCUGUUGUAUUUGUCCCAGAAUUCAUUACUAUUCCUGUGUUCGUAUCAGUAUUACCCCCGCCUUUCACUGAACAUUUUGUCUCACUCCUUUCUCAACUCCCCUGAAAAUGAAUAAAGUCUUCCCAGCUCCAGUUGUAUGGGCUGGCAGAAGUCACAUGAAA